UUAAUUUUCACAUUUUGCUUCAGUGUCUUUCGAAAACAAUCGCGCGAAAACGCCAUUUUAUCUCCCGCCGCUACUUCCCUCCUUAUUCCUUUUAUUUUUUUUCAUCUCUCCCUCCGAAUCUCAUCUAAUCACUCCAACUUCGUCACCAUUUCCUUCUCUCUCUCUCACUUUUUCUCUCUAUCUCAAUCUCACGAUGCAGCAUCAGCCGCAUAUUUCUCCGACCACCGCGAAUGCCGCGAUCUCAGCCGCGCUUGAAUCGCAACGUGUCAGGAAGAAUCGCGGGAGUUACAAUUGUGGCCGAUGUGGUCAACCUAAGAAAGGACAUGUCUGCCAUUUGACUCCUCUCGAUGUUCCUAAAACUCCGAUUGCUUCGGAGCCGGUGAGCUGCAUCUCCGCCGCCGCAUCUUCUUCCCGUUCUACUGUCAUAUCCAUAUCGGCGGCGCCGUCGCGCCAGUCUUUCACUCACCUUCGCCGAGCCUUAUCUUUCGAUGACAUCGAUGCGCGUAAUUCUCUGGAUGAGCCCGAUCUCGAUGCAGCGACGACGGAUCUGGAUCUGCAUUUGGAUACGGAUAUUGUUCAGCCGGGAAGAUUUCAUGCGGUGGCUCUAUGGGAGGUGCUUAAGCGGCUUCCGCCUUCGAGUUUACUAAUGGCGGCUAGAGUUUGCAAGGGAUGGAGAGAGACUGCGAGGAAGAUGUGGAAGGCGGCGGAGGAGCUUCGGAUUAGGGUUCCGGAGAGAGCUCAGAUUGGAUACAUUGGAUCCUUGUUGCAAAAGUGUCCUCGGCUUAUUAGGCUCUCCCUUAAAAUCGAGAGUGAUUUGGACGCGACAACACUGGCCUGCAUUGCUUUUUCUUGCCCCAACCUGGAGGUUCUAGAGAUUUCAACUUCGGGCGCAUCUGUCAAUAGGAUUACUGGGGACGAGCUAGGUCGCUUUGUUUCUAAUAAGCGUGGACUUACAAGCCUUAAGAUGGAAGGAUGUUCCAACUUGGGAGGAUUUUCCCUCUCUUCUUCAAGCCUAUCCACUCUCUGGCUCGGGGACCUUCAUUCUCUUUCGAAGAUGAUCAUCAACUGUCCAAAUCUUAUAGAAAUAUCACUUGAGUUUUCUCGCCAAGAAGAUGAUUCAACUGACCUUGUAACAAUGGUUGAUGGUUUGGGAAGGACUUGCACGAGAUUGCAGAACAUUCACAUAGCCUCUCUGAAGCUCUCCCAUACAGUUGUACUCGCUCUUACUGCUGGGAAUUUCAGGGAUUUGAGAAUGCUCUCGCUUGUUCUUGGAAUAGAUAUCACAGAUGCAUCUGUAGCUGCUAUUUCCUCAAGUUAUACAAACCUUGAACUGCUUGAUCUGAGUGGUUCCAGCGUUACUGAUACUGGCCUUGGGAUGAUCUGCGAUGUCUUACCUGAUACACUCUCAAAAUUACUUGUUGCUCUUUGUCCCAACAUUACAUCAAGUGGCAUUCAAUUUGCUACAGCUCAACUGCCACUUCUUGAGCUGAUGGAUUGUGGCAUGACUGUGUCUGAUCCCAAUUCAGAUAAUCCAACUGUUGAAGAGCAGAGUUCGACCCCGCAGAAAACAUCAGGCUAUAAUCAAAAGAUGUUUAUCAAACAUAAACGCCUGAAGAAACUCAGUUUGUGGGGAUGCUCCAGUUUGGACGCUUUGUUCCUAAACUGCCCAGAGCUCAAGGACUUGAAUUUGAACUUAUGCAGCAAUUUGCAACCUGAGAGUUUGGUGCUCCAGUGUCCAAAGUUACAACUUGUGUACGCAUCAGGAUGUCAAGACCUACUGACCGGAGCUAUCCGAAAACAGGUUUCCGAGAACUCCGCAGCUGGUGAAAACCAUAUGCCACGGAAACGCUUGGCCGAUGCUUCGAAGAGGAUUCAGGCUCCACAUUUGUUAUACCAAGAGACAAGAGAAGAUGAUAAUUAUGCGGGGAAGAGAAGGAAGGUGGAGAGAGAAAUGUGUACCAUCAUACAUUAGGGAAGUAAUUCUCUCUUAAACUCGUCACAUUUUGCUUAUUACCAUCUCUAUGUUACUGUACAUCUGAUUAUUGUCGGAUCACGUAUGUUGUUUCUCACUCAUCAACUUUACAUGUUUAUGUUUGUUUUCCAAUUAGUUUGAAUAAACUGUAUAAUUAACAUUAUGUGUUGGAUUUUGAUUAUUGAUAUAGUAAA